GGGAAACUGAGAGCGAGCAUCCAGGAGAGGGAGACUAGGAAGGAGGAGGAAGGAAGGAAGAAAGGAGGGAGGGAGCGCCGAUCGAGUGAGGAGCCAAACAGACACGGAAGGCAGAAACAUUGGAGAAGACAGCAAACAGGAGAGCCGCCAUCGUUUCUCUUCGCGAGCCCCACACAGCAUCUCUAUGGAGGCAGAGGCGCGUGCGUGAGGGUUGGCGGGAGGGAGGGAGGGAGGGCGGGAAGGGGGGGCGGCGGAAUGCUGCUUUCUUUUUUCUAAACGUCGCGUCCGACUGGGGGGGGGGAGCCGAAUCGGAACCAGGACCCGGCAAGCGGGAGGAUCUCUGCCCGACAUCACGGUGAUGUCAGCGAGCUCGCGGAGAGAUCUUCCAGGACCUUCAUGCUGAUUGGCGCUGAAGGCCCUCGGGACUAAACCAAGCUGCUUGUUUGCUCUUUAGCGACGACGCCAGAUGCUAAAGCAGGCAAAGUGAGUCGGGCGUGUCCCUCUGUUCUCCAUGGAUCCGUCCUUCCGGUCCACGUGAUCCAGCCCGAGCCUCCACAGUGAGCCGAGCCUCUUCGCUCCACUUCCCGAGGACGGGCGGCGAGGGCUGAUUGUCGAGAGUGCGGGGCGAGAGUGCGAUGCAGAUUGGAAGAUGUCGGGCGACUGGGAUGAAGACCUGUGCAAGAAGGCGCUGAUGUUGGUGGAGGAGCUCUGCUUCAACUCGCCGCGCGGACACAGCCAGAGCGAACUGUGCCAGGAGUUCAGCUACCUGUUGAGAGGACGCAACAGACAGCUGGAUGCAGAGAUCUCCGUCAGUCUGCUGUCCGUCAUCGUCACCUUCUGCGGCAUUGUCCUCCUCUCCGUGUCUCUCUUCGUCUCCUGGAAGCUGUGCUGGUUGCCAUGGCGAGACAAGGAGGGCGGCGGCCUCAGCCUGACCUCAGGCUUGCUCCCCGGGAGCGCCGGCGUGGGGGGUUUGGGCGGCGCCGGCGCACCGUCCUUCCUACCCCCGCUGCUGCAGAGGAAGGAGGGCCACUCGUCCUCUUCGCUGUACCCCUCCCUCGGCCAGCAGGGGCAGCAUCACCCCCACUUCUCUGACCUGGUGGGGCUGGAGAGGGGGGACGCUGGGGGAGUGGUCGGGGGCCCGCACGAGACACAGGAGCACUCGUACCUGGACAUGGACUCGUACCCAAACAAUGCUGGAACCCUGAAGCUGAGCCAGACGUCUCCAGAUGUCCCCAACUCGGAGGGGGGCGCGCAACCCCAUAAAGACCUGCCCAACGCCUUGUCUCAGCAGCAGGUCACCUCCAGGCCCAAGCCCAUGACUCAUCAGCUCUCCAGCCCCGACUUCCACGGCGAGGAGAAGGAGCAGGUGACCAGCAUCGGACAGAUCAAGCCGGAGCUGUACCGCCCCAAAGGCGACCAGGGCGAGGGCAAGCAGGGCGGCGACUGCGGCAAGAUCAGCUUCCUGGUGCGCUACGCCUUCAACACGGAGCAGUUGGUGGUGAAAAUUCUCAAAGCGUUGGAUCUUCCCGCCAAGGACGCCAACGGCUUCUCCGACCCAUACGUGAAGAUCUACCUGCUGCCCGACAGGAAGAAGAAGUUCCAGACCAAGGUCCACAGAAAGACCCUCAACCCGGUCUUCAACGAGACGUUCCAGUUCGGCGUGCCGCUGAAUGAGCUACAUUCCAGGAAGCUGCACUUCUCCGUGUACGACUUUGACCGCUUCUCCAGACACGACCUGAUCGGGCAGGUGGUGGUGGACAACCUGCUGGACUUCAGCGAGGGCAGCGGGGACAAGCCGGUCUGGAGGGACAUCGUGGAGGGCACCGCGGAGAAGGCCGACCUCGGGGAGCUCAACUUCUCCUUGUGUUACCUGCCCACUGCCGGAAGACUCACGGCCACCGUCAUCAAGGCCACCAACCUGAAAGCCAUGGACCUGACCGGGUUCUCAGACCCGUACGUGAAGGCCUCCCUGAUCUGUGACGGUCGCCGGCUGAAGAAGAGGAAGACGUCCAUCAAGAAGAACACGCUGAAUCCCACCUACAACGAGGCGCUGGUGUUUGACAUCCCCAACGAGAACAUCGAGAGCGUGUCCAUCAUCAUCGCCGUCAUGGACUACGACUGCAUCGGCCAUAACGAGGUGAUCGGCAUGUGUCGCGUGGGCAGCGACGCUGACGGCCCGGGGAGGGAGCACUGGGCCGCCAUGUUGGCCAAUCCACGCAAACCAAUAGAGCACUGGCAUCAGCUGGUGGAGGAAAAAGCAAUUGGAACGUUUGUGUCAAAGGGCGAAGCGUCGCCGUCCUCCAAGCCGCACAUCGUGGUGGACAGUCCUCACUCCGAUUAAAGCUGUCUUGUCUCCGCCUUCGGAAUUUUCUUUUCUCUCCUCUCAUCUGUGAAUAAAUCUUUCCAUCGAAGAGAGACUCGCAGACAUUCAGGACGAAACAACAUCUUUGUGGCAUUUCAAGCGGUAGCUGCUCCAAACACUUUGCUGUGCGUGCGUAGUCGGCGUGUAGUAUUUGAUGUAGGAGGAGUCUGACGUGAGACGCUGUCCAAAAAAAAAAAAAAAAAGAAAGCCAUCAUCCAGCGAUCACUUGACGCGGGACCAAAGCUUCACUGUCAAGAAGAAGAUGUGCAUACUUUUCGUUAGCGUACAGCGUGAGCUGUACCGGAUCACACACGUUAGUACGUAGCGGGACGACUUGCCCGCGAUGGACCGUGGACGCCGUCCUCCCAGGGCUUAUUCACCCGCCGCUGUCCUCCCGAAGGAAGGACGUGCGCGCUGGUCUUCAUUGAUGUCAGAGGAGCCGCAAAGUGAGCACGGACUUACUCGGCCUGAGCAUGUUACCUUCAAAUGUGUCCGUCUUCCUCACGCUUCCUGUGCCCGUCCUCUUCUUUUGCUCCGAGACAUCCAAGGAUGAGAGACACAAAACUGUUGGAUUCUUCCCGAUUCCCUUCCUGAUCUCAUCAGGUUUCACUUUUCCCUAUCAUGCUUCGGAUUGAAGUCGGCUGAAGCGGGACGCACACGUCUGUCUUGCUUUGAUCAGCGUGUUUUUGUAUUUGUGUGUGUGUGUGUGUGUGUGUGUGUGUGCGUGUGUGUGUCCUGGUGACCUUGUGUGUUUCUGUGCUCAUCACCCAACCCCCCCCCCCACCCACUCACUCCCGAAUCCCUCCCCAUGUGUGAGUUUCACGAGGAGCCACAUUUCUGUGUGAAUGUUCCGUGUUGUUGUGUCUCUCGGCGCCAGAUGAGAGACGUUUACGUGGCUGCAACACGUCCUUGAAGGCUCCCGUUCGGGUUUGAUGCCGCCGCUUCCGAUACCCAUCAAUCCGUGAGCGAAACGGGAAUCACAUGAGACGACUAUAAAAAGUUACGAACCGCUGGCGAUUGGCGUUGAAGAGCAUCUAUCGGCGUAUGCCCGUCACUUGCUUCACAGACAUCAGCUUGUGGCCGAUCGAUCGGAGCAUGCCCAGUCUCGUGGGGGGGGGGCGGCUAGUUUAUCGUUUCAGCUUUGUGACCUGGGGGACGCCUUAGCGAGCUGAAUAUCCACCCGUCACUUUGGGGUUAAAGACGAGACCCAACACACACCGAAAUAUCAUUCUUCUUUUCCGCUGACACGGCUCCAUCUGCAAAAGUGUUGGGACACAUUGAUUGACAGGGAUGCCAGAUAUUGUUUUUCCCCAAACAAGCCCAACGCCAUAACUCAUAACCCAUCAAAUAUCAUGACCAAAUGGCUCGGCAACAUCAAAUGACUUCUAAGACAUUCCAAGACAUUCCUUUCCUUGGCGGAGGUAAUGAGCCGAUCACGACAGCGUGUUGCAGUCCACGUAAGCAGGCAUUGGUUAUCAUCCUUAAGCCCCGCCUCCCACUGCCCGGUGUCGUGUAACGUUGUCGUGCUUGGGUAUUUUGUGUAACGUCCGAGGCAAGCGCGAAGGGUGCAGCCGAGCCGGAAGGAAGCGGUCGAGUCCUCAGGAGCCGUGUUCGAUCCCGACGCCUUGCUGUUACAUGUUCUGUACUUGUGUGUGUGUACCAUGUGACCUGUAGAUUAUGGAUCAUCUUGUUUAGAAACGGGAAGAGGGCAUUGAUCCAGCGGUGUCCCGAGGCUCCAUGACCACCACCCCCUCCCUCUCCCAACCCCCACCGGUGCCUCUGCUUGUUUUGACCCCAUUUAUCUACUGUUUUACUUAACCCCGCCUCCACCAUCUCAUUACUCAUCCUCUUCUCCGAUUUCACCUCCCACGUCCUCUUCCUCCAUCAUGGCCUCUUUCCUUCACCGCAUAUGUCCCCCCCCCCCCUUCCGCCCCCCUUCCGCCACCUUGUUGUGUUGUGCAGUUGUGAAUGGUCAUGGAGGUUUGCAUGCUUGUAAUUAACAUGAAUGAUGUCAACUUGAUGCAAUGAAAACCCACGUACGUGACGCUCAGAGAGACUCCAUACUAAUACUACUAAUGAUGACUCCCGAGGAACGUGUCGUCACGGGCAACCCUGACGGACACCAGUCUUAUUUCAUUCUGCGUAUUUAUCUCUCUGCGGUUUGGAUUCCUUUUUUUUUUUAAUAUUCAUGACUGAUUUUAUGGAAUGGGAGCUCGGUGCAAGGACGAUGGCGAGGGCUGAUGGAAAUAAAAAAAAAAAAAAGAUAUGUACCAUGUGACCAUGUGGCUUCUUGGAGAGGAGGGGGGGGGGGUACGCGAUGUGUGCGUGUAUCGCUAGCUGGACAAUCACGCUGACUUCCGGUCUGUAUUUAUUCAACCGCUUCAUGUCAUGAAUUCUUCAUCCUCACCGCAGUUUGCCUGAAUGCAAAAUGGAGAGGGGCGGGCUACCCCCCCGCACCCCCACCCCCACGCAUCCCCAACCCUCGUAUAAUCUGUCAUGUGGUCAUUAUCUCCUCCUAAAGCUGGAGACGAUGCACGAGGAAGAGCUGGGAUGUGCAAGGGAAUGACAGAGGAGGAGGAGGAUUAGACAAAUGAAGGAAGAUGAAGGGGACUAUGUGUGUGUGGGGGGGGGGGGGUCGAUGGCAUCGAGGAGGAUGAGGAGGCGAAAUGGGCUGAAGAAUCGUGCGCGGUGGAGGAGGACAGCUCUGCAUAUAGACACUCAUCACG